AUCGUGAAUAAAGAGUUAUAGCACAUUAUUCCUUUUUUGCUUAUUCUUGUGUAAUGUCUGUUGACAUUGGCCAUUUCAUUCUGUUAAUGAGUAGACAACAAGAACAUCAUAGCAAUGAAUCUUUCAUUGCUAGUAUUAUUGGCAUUCAUCGUUGUAUAUGUUUACUUGUAUGAAUUACUCUCACAUAGCAUCCUUACUAAUGAAAGGUUAUGCAAAAUUUGAAAUAAACUACUGGUUUUAAUCUUUUCCAUGUUGAUUUUCACUCAUUUAUUUGUAUUUUUUCUGAGAGGCUAAAAACGUGAAAAUCCCACUCCCGACCCUGGACAUAACUUCAUUCUAGGUUACCCUUGUUAGGGCUCCUACGGGAGUUUUACAUUUUUUCCAAUUCCAGUGUUGUUUUUCAAUGCUGUUAAAGAGGGCUGAGUAAGGUAAAUGCAUGAUAUAUGUCCAAUAUUGCCUGAUCUCAUGACACAGAUGUUUCUUUAUGAUAGAUGACAAGCGCUUGGACAAAUAUGAGCAUUGCAAUCAUACAUAGGGAUAUAGAGAGGGAUGGGGAGAUUCAAUGUGGAGUUAUGGGUGUUAGUUUUUAUAAUUGGAGAUUCUUGCUCACUCUCAGAAGAUCUAUACAUACAUCUGCUAAUAUUCUGGAGAGGAUGAGGAGAUCAAAUUUUAUUUCAAUAUAUUUUUUGCUUUGGAGCAUCUUGGAGCAAUGGAGCUUGUGGAGCACAGCUCACCUCGAGGAUUGCUCUCUGGUUUGCUUCAUAGUUUUGUUUUUGCUUUACUUUAGGUUUGCUUCAUAGUUUUGUUUUUGCUUUACUUUUGGUAGCAUCAACAAAAGAGUACAUGCUGAUGAUAACUGGACAGACUAGUGGCUUUCUAUUUUUUGUAAUUUUUGGAAGUUAAAGGCUUAUUCUUCUUUAGUCACUUUGCAAGAUUCAUUGAUCUUAUCAAUUUAAUGUGUUGUACUCUUUGAUUUUUGAAUAAUUUUGGAUUUAUUAAUGCUAGCAGUGCUGUUUGAAUUUACUGAGAUAUUAGUCAUUACUUUCUGAAUUAAUGAUUUGAGCUGUCUAGGUUUUUUUGAUUAGUUAUAAGAGUUGUACAUUGGACAAUUAGAUAGAUUUGUUUGAAAACAUUUUUUUUACCCAGAACAAUUUUUUGCAUACCAGAUCGAGGGAUAAAAAGAAACUAUAGCUCUUUUAUCAUUUCUUAUACUCUGUCCUUGCUGAGUAAAAGUGUUUGGUGGAAAUUUUUGGGUUAGGUUUUGAUUGAUUCUUGAUGAUUAAGAAUGUCAAAAGUCAGAGACAGGACUGAGGAUUUUAAAGAUGCCGUGAGGCGCACUGCUGUUUCUUUGGGAUAUGAUGAGUCUAAAUUGGCCACCAUUUUGGCAAAUUUUAUUAUCCUCAAGCCUCACCAAAGAUCAGCUUUUACUAGAGGCGCACUGAAAACAAUAUGUGAAUCAUUGCCUUGCUUAUUUUAUGAGGAAAUUUCUUAUAAAUUAUGUUUCAGUGUUGACUCGUUUGUUUUUCUUUUCUCAAUUAGCUUGAGAGCAUUAAAACACUAGAACAGUUUAUGUUGAAACAUCAUAAAGAUUAUGUGGAUCUACAUCGCACUACUGAGCAGGAGAGAGAUAGCAUUGAGCAUGAAGUUGGUGCCUUUAUUAAAGCAUGCCAAGAUCAAAUUGAUGUUUUAAAAAACAGCAUAAAUGAUGAAGAAACAAAUUCAACGGGCUGGCUUGGCAUUCAGGUUGAUAAAUCUAAUGAUGAUACUGUAGCACACAAACAUGGGGUGGUUUUGAGUUUGAGUGAGAAGCUUCACUCUGUGACCUCACAAUUUGAUGGCACCGCCUCCACCACCUCCAACAGA